CUUCCAGUUGUUGCUGAAGAAAGACGAGCUUUAUCACUCUCACAAGACGAUUCUCUUUCUCUCUCUCUCUCGCUCUCCAACCCUCGAAAAUCAUUCUUUCCGAACCCACAAAAUGAAACAAUCAGAGAUCGAUCUGGGUUUUUGAAUUUGGAUUCUGGUUUCGUAUUCCGGUUUUGCUAACGGGAGCUCAAUGGAAAAUGCAUCUAGUAAUGGAUUUGAUUCAGAUGAAAGUGACUUAGAUUUACAAUUUGAAAGCUAUGGAGAACAUGAAAGGAUAGAAAAAGAGCAUCCAAAUAAUUUGGAUUUUUGUGUGGGUGAAGAUGACAAUAUGGUAGAACAAUCGGCCGAGGAACUGUCUUCAAAUGUGGAAGCUCUGGAACCAUAUGUAGGCAUGGAGUUCAAUUCAAGAGAUGAAGCUAGAGAGUUUUAUGUUACCUAUGGUAGGAACAUUGGUUUCACCAUACGUAUUCAUCAUAAUCGUCGUUCACGAGUGAAUAAUCAGGUUAUUGGGCAGGAUUUUGUUUGUUCAAAAGAAGGAUUUCGUGCAAAGAAGUAUGUCUACCGAAAAGAUAGGGUCCUUCCUCCUCCCCCAGUUACUAGAGAAGGAUGUCAAGCAAUGAUGAGGCUAGCUCUAAGAGAUGGAGUAAAGUGGGUUAUCACCAAAUUUAUCAAAGAGCACAGCCAUAAGCUAAUGAGUCCAGGAAAAGUUCCAUGGAGGGGAUCUGUUAAGCAUUUAGUGAGUGAGGAUGAGAAGGAUAAGAGGAUCCGUGAAUUGUCACUAGAACUGUACAAUGAGAGGCAGAAAUGUAAACGACGGUGUGCUGUCUAUGAAGAACAGCUAAAUAUGAUUCUGAAAGAUUUGGAGAAACACACAGAACACAUAUCUAACAAAGUUGCUGAUAUAGUCCAGAGCAUAAAAGAAAUCGAGGAAAAAUCAGAGGAGUCAGACGCGGAUGAAUGACUACUUCCUGUGGCUUCUCUAUACUACCAUUACUCAAAUCUUCCCUCACAGAACACGUAUCUCACAAAGUUGCUGACAUAGUCCAAGCAUAAAAGAAAUCGAGGAACAAUCAGAGGAGACUGACGGGGAUGAAUGACUACUUCCUGCCGCUUCUCUAUACUACCAUUACUCAAAUCUUCCCUUGACCCUCGGCCCCUUUUCUUUGCUGCCGCUUUUUAGGUUUCAAGGCGCGCAUUCUUGACUUUGCUGAUGGUCUUCUUUUUUAGACUUUUUCUUUGUUUUUUUGAGUCAAUCAGAGAUGGCUAGAAAUAAAAAGGGCCAUUGAAGUCUGUAUGCUAAUUUGUAAGAGUCCUCUGUUGUAUUGUUCUUGUGAGAGAGCUAGACAAUGCUUUCAUUUUAUUGUGUUAAAACCAUUUUCGUUUAUAAAGAUUAGUUUCUUGAAAAUCAAAGGUUAGCCUAGUGGAUAUGAUGUUCUCUUAUCA